AUGAGUAGCGCAAUAAUAAAUCCAGAUAACCGAAAUUUGUUAAAUAAGGAUGUAAAAAAUGAAUACAAUGUAAAGACAAAUAACGAGCUAAAAGUAAAUCUUAAUUUCCAUAACAAUAAUAUAAUUUCAAAUAUGUUUUCAAAUUUAAGUUUAUAUGAAUCAAUGAAUAAUUUUUUUCAAAUUAAUAAUAAGCAUUAUAUGUUAAAAUAUAAUAAUCAAUUAAAUCAAACAGAUUUUAAUAUUUCUUAUUUUCAAAACAUAAAUGAUAAAUAUGUACAAAUAUCACCAUGGCAUGAUAUAGAUUUGAUGAAUGAUGAUGGAACAUAUAAUAUGAUAGUUGAAAUACCAAAAUAUAAUUAUAUAAAAUUAGAAAUAAAAUUAACAGAAAAAUUUAAUGUUAUUAAACAAGAUACAAAAAAAGGAAAACUACGAUAUUAUCACAAUUCUAUAUAUUGGAAUUAUGGAGCAUUACCUAGGACCUAUGAAUAUCCGAAACAUAUAUAUCGCUGUAAAGCUUCUAACGAUCAACAAAUAUUUUUUACAGGGGAUGAUGAUCCAUUAGAUGUGAUAGACAUAGGAAAUAAUAGUUUGAAAAUGGGUCAAAUAGCACCUGUUAAGAUUUUAGGCGCGUUUACUUUGAUUGAUGAGGGCCAGUUGGAUUGGAAAAUCAUAGCUAUCAAUAAAUAUGAUGAAAACUUUUCAAAAAUAAAUAGCUUGGAGGAUAUAGAAAAGUAUUAUCCACAUACCCAAAAUUUGAUGUUAGAGUGGUUCCGUUCAUAUAAAAUGGCUGAUUCCAAAAAGCUAAAUAUAAUAUCAAAAAAGUUAUAUAAUAAAAAUGAUAGUGAAAAUUUAAUAAAAAAAGUUCAUAAUUAUUAUUUAGAAUUUUUGAAAGAUAUUAAGCAGUUUUCUCCAAAUUCAUCAUGUGAAAGCACUCAUAUAAAUAAUAGCAGUAAUGGCACAAAUAGUAGUGAAUGUUUUCAAACUUCAUUUUCAUAUAAAAACCCUGAUAAUCCUGUAUAUAACAAUUUAGUACAAGAUGUCAGUAUCGAUUACUACAAACCUGAUGAAGCAUAUCGACCAAAUAUGGAAAUAUGGAUUCCAUAA